AUGUUGUACAUGAACUGCGUGUGUGUUCUGAAAGCUUGCUUCAGAAAAGUAAACGAAAAUCUUGAACAAAUAGACAAAUCUCUGACAAAAGAUAUAGAUUAUACGGAAACACAAUGGGUGGAAAAAAGUCCACGCGACGUACAAAGGAAUACCAUGUUGUUAAUGAAGGUGAAAAGCUUGGAGGAGAAACACUUGCGUCUCAGCGACGUUGUUCAAUUAUUAAAUAAAACGUUUCUCAUACAUAUUAUCACCUUGUCAAUUUUGACGUUCGUCAACGUCACUUUCAAUCUGUACUAUUACAUUCUAUGGAUAAAUAAUGGUUUACCAUCGGAUUUGGCAAAACAAAUAUGGUAUUUUCAAUUCCUCACAAGUGUGUUCUACUUCAUGAUCAAAUUCAUGAUGUCGAUUUGGGCCUGUGAAACCGCGAAAAAUCAGGCGCUAGCAAUUGGUAUCACCGUUCAUAAUGCUCUCAGCAAUGCUAAUGAUACGUUGGUGCAACACGAGUUGACGCUAUUUUCUCUUCAAAUAUUGCAACAAGACAAUACAUUCUCUGCAAGAGUGGUCACAAUGAACGCAGCACUUCUUAUGCAGAUCAUGGGAGGUGUUGUGAUGUAUCUUUUGAUAUUAUUCCAAUUUUUGCUCAACGCCAUAGCUUGUAAAGAUCCGGAUUGA